AUGAAUGAUGAUUUUGAAUGCUUUAUAAAGAAAAAAAUCAUAUCACUCUUGAGGAUUCGAGAAAAUAUUUUUAGCGCCUGCAUGCAACAUGGGACAAAUAAAGACGAAUUAAAUAAUUUUUUUUUGACAUCACCUGUGAACACUGUCUUAUUUUUCGUUCUUUACAAAUACACAUAUGAUGAUCAAACAGUUUUGGAAAAUAAUAUUGCCCAGUCGGCGGAAAAAACAGACAACAAUAUAGAAAAUGAAGAAAUAAAUAAAUCUCCAGAAAAUAAAAAAGAUAUAGAUAAUCAAAUCCUUUCGCAUAAUAGCACUGUUGAAACAAUAAAUAACCAAAAUGACGAAAAUAAAAAAACUGAAAAAACAAAUGAAAAGGAAUAUGUUUCUAAUGAGGAAAUAAGGAAUAAUACAAAUCAAAAUGAUAAUCAAGAAGAAAUUAUACCCGAUAUAGUUAAUCAUGAUUAUGAAGAAAAAGAAAAUGUAGAAGAGAACAAAAAAACAGAGUGCAACCAUUAUAUACUAAAAAUGAGUAUAAAUAAUAUAAACAUAGAUGAUCAUGAAGAAGAAAAUUUACAAUCCCCAAAUAUUCAAGCAAUGACUAACAAAAAAAAUAUAACUACCUAUAAACACAUUAUUUACUUUUUAAAAAUAAAAAAUGAUCAAAUUCAAGAAAACUUAGAUGAAUAUUUUAAUAAUAAUUACACCUUUGGAAAUUUACAUCAUAAUUAUAUUAACAAUUUUAAAACAUAUUUCAAAAAUUUUUUUAUACCAUUUUUUUUGUCCUUAGUAAAAAAAAAUGAUGCAUUUGAACAUAUUGGUAAAGAAAUCGAACAUAAUGAAAAAAUGGAUAAUAUAUUAAUUAAAAUACAAAAUUUUAAAAAAAAUGAAAUGUUUUACAACAAAUUAUAUAAUCUAAAUGAACUCAACGAAAAUAAAUAUUUGAAUAUCAUAGAAAAGGAAAAACAAGAAAAUCGACAGUAUGAACUUGAAUGGCAAUCUAAUUAUUCAGACAUAAUAACAAACCCACCAACUUUAGACACAAACGAUUUUAUGCAUCAACAAAAAGAGUUUUCUAAUAUAGACGAUAAAACUAUCAUAGCCAACAAAGAUUGUAAAAAUAAAAACAUUGAUGAAAUAAACGAACAAAAUGAAUUGAUUCCUAAUAAUUACGAUAUUAUAAACAAUUUACCUGAAUACAUUGAUGAGUUAAACUAUAGGGAAAAUGAAAAUGAUAUAACAGUAGAAAAAAAAGAGAAAUUUAUACGAAACAAAAAUAUUUUAAGCGCAUUAUACUACUUAAUAAGCUACUAUAACCAAAUACUAAAAGUAGAGCAAAUGUUAUACAAUGAAAUAAAUACAGACAUAAUAAAACUUAAAGAUGAUAGUAUAAAUAUAGAUAAUUAUUUAAGAACAAUUUAUAAUUUAAUAAAAAAUUUUAUGUUAAAAGAACAAAAAAAUUAUUACAAAAAAACAAAUGACAAAACUCAUCCGGGAUAUUGGAAAGAAAGAUAUCAUAGAAUUUAUAAUUUUCUUGAAAAAAUUAAUAGUAAAAAAUUUGAAAAAAUUAUAGAAAAUAUCAAAGGAAAAGUAUAUAAUAAUGAAUUAACUAAUGAAAUUAAAUCUUUACUAAAAGAAAUAGAAAGUAUACAUAUGGAAUCAUUUGAAAUGAUUAAAUUUAGUAAGCUCUUAGAAAAUUCUUUUGAAACAUUAAGACAUAGUAAUAUAAAUAAAAUGAGAAAUGGUAUUAAAUUAGUUAUACGUAAAAUUAAAAAUAUUUGGUUAAGUUCAAAUUAUUUUAGAAAAGAAGAAAUAAUAAUCGCAUUUUUUCUCAAGUUAUCAGAAAUCAUAUUUGAAUUUAUACAUUUUCUAGCUAUUAAGGUAAAAAAAAUAAAUAAUCCUAAAAGUAUUAAAAAAAAUAUGUCUAAAUGCAUAGACAUUUUGAAGUUUUAUGAAAAGGAAUUUAUUUAUGCUAAACUAGAUAUUGAAAUAAUUGAUAUUAGAAAAAAUUGGUAUUUUGAUAAAAAUCUUAUAUUUAAAAAUAUAAGACAUCUUCAACAUGUUUUGGCAACAUUACAUACUGUCUAUUCAGAAAUAAUAUAUUUCACUGAUUUAUGUUUAUUAAAAUUAAAAAAAUUAGUAAAUAAUAAAAAAAUUAUGAAUAGUAUUAUGAUAGAAGUUAACAAACUAUAUGAACCAUUCAAUGGUGUACUAAAAAAUAUUUAUCAAUACGAUGAUGAAUCUAUUAUGCAACUAAUGAAAAAUUUAAAUGAACAAUGUUUAAAUAUAGAAAAGAAAUGUAUCAAAAUUAUUAGUAUGCAAUUUUCAAAUUUAAGAAAUACUAAAUCUACUUAUUUAUUAGUUGAAAAGUUCCAAAAUUUAAAAAAAAAUUAUAAAAUCGAUAGACUUUUAAUAAAAAAAUUAUAUGACAUAUUAUUUCUAUAUAAAAGAGAGUUAUAUUUAUAUAUAAAUUUAUUUAACAACAUGUGUAAUAAUAAAGAUUUAGAUAUUUAUAAAAGGUUUCUUUUCUGUUUAAACAUAUAUAAAAAAAUUAAAAAACCAAUCCUAAUAUUUAAGACAAAUAAUUAUAUAACAACAUCAAAUGAAUAUAAAAUUAUUGUCAAGUUAUAUAUCAACUUUUGUAAAAAAAUGUUCUCUUAUAUUGUAGAAAAAUAUAUUCAAUGGAAAAAUAAUUCUUUAUCACAAAUGAAUAAAUUCUUAUCCUCAAAUAUUAUUACUAUAAAUAAACAACUUAAUUUUUUUUAUGUAAUAAAUUUUGAUAGUAAUUUCUUUAAAACAUUAUAUGAAUAUGCAUACAUUGAAUCAAUAUACGAUUUUAAUGCGCCUAUUGAAAUAUUAAAUAUGUAUAAGUUAAAAAAAAAACUAUAUAAAUAUCUUUACGAGUUAGAUGAAAUUAUACUUUUUUAUAAAAAAUUUACAGAAAAUACUUCAAUAAUUCAGCAAAAAGUAUUAAUAAAGUAUUUCCAAGAAUUUGAACAAAAAUUGAUUUAUAUUUCUAAUAAUAUUAAUUGGUUAAAUCUAAAUAUAUACCAUUAUAUAAACGAUCUAAAUAAUUGCAAAAAUACUAUCCAAAAUGUACACUUAUCUUUAUCUUAUUCACUAAACAGUAUAGACAAAAUUAUUUUUAAUAUGCAAAAUAUUAAUGUAGUCAAAUAUAUAGAAUGGGAAAAUAUGAAUCCAUUAAAUAUACAACCUUUUUUUAACUACUUUGAACAGUACAGAAUAAAUGAAAUAAAAAAAGCAGUUGAAAAAUAUAAAGAAAUUUCACAAAUAUUAAUAAAAAUCGAACAAAUUAUAGAAAAAACAAAAAAUGGAAGAAGUGAAGUUAUGGAUGAAUUAUAUUAUCUUUAUCAAUGUAAAAUUUAUAAAUGUCUAAGUUUAAUUAUUAUAAAAGGUUUAUGUACAUAUGAAACAUUAAUAGAAAAUGAUUUUCCAAAAAAAGUAUUACACAAUUAUAAACCAUGCUUAUAUAUAAAAGAAGACAUACAUUCUGAUGUUUUUUUAAAUAAUUCGAUACAAAAUAUAUUUAAACUUAUAUCAAAAUUAUUAACAAAUCUAUUAUUAUCUUCUUCAGAAUUUAUUAGAUGGCUAGAUUAUUCAUGCAUUGAAGUACCUAUAUCUUUAAAAGAAGACUUUGAAUUUUUUAAAACAAAAUUCUCAUUUUAUCAAAGUGUUAGUAAAAAUAAAAUUAUUAUUGACAGAAUAAUACAUAUACAUCAACUUAUUCAAAAUGUUUUUCAAAAAGCCAAUAAAUAUAUUUAUAGUUUUCUAAAAUAUGAUAACAUCAUAAAUUCAAUUAUUAAAACUCAAAAUAAUUUCAACAUGCAUCAAAAUAUUACAUAUCCAUUAAUAUAUUACGAUAAUAUACUAAAGUAUAUAACUAAUAUUCAAAAUAAAAUUGACAAGGAAAAUGACAAAAAAACUAUUCAGUUUAUUUCUUUAAAUAUUUCAUUUGUUCUUAAUGCUAUCAAAAAUAAACUUCUAGAUUCAAAAAAAUUCUUCUUCAAUAAUUUGCACUACAUAUUUACUACUCUCAAAUGCUCUACCUUAAGUGAAAUCACAAAAUAUAGUGGAAUAUUAAAAACUUCGUCUAAUUCUAUGGAUAAAUAUGAAAAUAUUAUAAAAACAAUCAACAAAAUAAAGGCAGAAAAUAUAAACAUAGAAAUAAAUAUCCAAAAGACAGAAGAAAUUUAUAAUAUGCUAACAAUAUACCAAGAUAGUAACAUAAAUGAUGAAGAAAAAAACAAACUAUUAUCACUUUAUCCGUUAUACUUAAAUAUGCUAAACUUAGCAUUUUUCAAUGAUAAUUUAAUGUUUACAGUAAAGAAAGAAUUCUAUGAAAAGACAAAAAAAAAGAUAAUUUUAUUUGAAGAAAAAAUAAAAAGUAUUUUAGAAAAGUUUCAUUCUAUUGGCCCAUCAUCUGAAAAUAUCGAUUUAAAUGAAGGAAUGGAAAGCUUAAAAAAAUAUAUAAAUGAUUUUAAAAGUCUUGAAGUUGAAAAAGAGGAAAUAAUUAAAGAUCAAAUAUUAUGCAAUAUGAAAAUAUUAUUAUUUGAAAAAUUCUAUUUAUUGAAAAAUACAAUCAAAAUUUAUAAUUCGAUUUAUUCUAUAUACAAUUAUUAUGUUACUAGAAUAAAUGACUUUCUAGACAUUAUAUAUUACAAGUUAAAUGUUAAAGAUGUAUAUAAAUCAUUAAAGGAAGUCAAAUCCGAGUUGCUGAAAUUGCAGACCGAACAACCUGGAGCCGAAAAUAUCGAAGCUUUUAAAAAAAUUAACGAAGAAUUAAGAAAAAUGAACAUAACUUUAAUCAUUGUAUAUUUAUUGCAAAAUACUAAUAUGAAACUAGCAAACUGGAAUGAAAUUUUAAAUCUACAUUUGAAAAAAAACAAUACAAAGGAUCCGACUGCAUAUGAAAGAAACAUAGUUAUUAACUAUAAAAAUGAUAACAUAAAAUCAAUAACACUUUAUGAUCUCCAUGAAUUAAAAAUAUACUUAUAUUUUAACGACAUAAAAUAUAUUAUAUAUAAAAUAAAGGAAGUAGAAAAAUUAGAAAAAUGCUUAAACCAAAUUGAAAACAGAUGGAAACAUGAAUCCCUAAAACUUAUAAAAUUCAAUGAUUAUUUAAUAUUAGAUAAUAACAAUAACAAAAAUAUUUUUAAAAAUAUUAAAAAGACAUUUGAAGAAUUACAUUUAAUGAGAGGUUUAAAUUUCGCUUCUGAUCUAAUACCCAAAAUAAAUAAUUUAGAAAAUAAACUCCUUUUUAUAUAUGAACUCUUGGUUUUAUGGAUGCUAAUACAAGAAACAUGGAUAAAAUUAGAACGAUUCUAUAAUAAGGAAAAUUUCAAUAAUUUAAAUAACUUUAAUGACGAAUUUAAAAAUUUUGAUCAAAUAAAUAAAACAUAUUAUGAAAUAAUGAAAAAUACUAAAAAAAAUCUAGAUUUAUAUCGAAAUUGCAAUACUAAAUUUUUUUAUUUUCUUAAAAAUUAUUAUGAUCGUUUAUUAUUUCUGUCUAAUAAAGCAAUAACCAUUUUACAAGAAAAAAAAUUUAACUUUCCAGAUUUCUUUUUUUUAACAGAAGACCAGCUAUUUGACCUUUUAUCUAAUACACAAACUCAAAAUUUAAAAAAAUAUUGCUUUAUAAUUUAUGAAGAAAUGUCCUCUUUCAAUGAUGUUGAUAAAACAAUAAUUGAAAUUGUUACUACAAAAGGAAAUGUUCUUAUUUUAAAAAAUGGAAUCAAAAUAACAGGAAUAGACACAUAUGCUAUGUUGAAAGAUAAAAUAAAAAUCACCUUGAAGGAAAAUGUAAUUACAAGUUUGAAUAAUUACUACACUACUAACAAGAUAAUCCCAAUAAUCAAAAAUAAUGUAUCCGUUGUUUCAAAUAUUGUAAUAAAGAUCCUAUUAAGUGAAGAAAUAAAAAAUAUUAUACAGAAAAAGUCAAUCGAAUAUGCAAAUGAAACCUUGAAUAAAUUUAUCGAACUGUGUGAUAAUAUUAUAAAAGAAUUAAAAUGUGAAAAAGACACAAGUAUUAUGAAAAUAGAACAAUCCUUAAGUAUUUAUUUAGAAUUUGUACAUAUAUUAAAAAAAAUUAUUCAAGAAAAUAUAUUUGAUGAAAAUUGUUUUUUUCUAUAUUAUCAAUUUUUAUAUUUUCUCAAUAAAACUAAUAAUCAUAUUACAAUCAAAUAUGGAAACUAUGCAUUCAAAUAUAAUUAUGACAUAUUGGAAAGCAAUAAUCUAUAUGUAAAUUUCCUCUCAAAUAACAAAUACAUUUAUUCAAUAUGCUCAAAUAUAUACAAUUCCAACUAUAAUAUUGUAUCUGGGAUUAACAAAACAUCAACCAUUAAGUAUAUAACAUCUACUUUAGGUUUACGAACAUAUACAAUUCAAAGAAAUAUAAAUAACAUAAAUGAUUACAUAUUGGGAUCUAUUCACCUAGGAUACGCCUUAAUUUUGCAAAAUGUUGAUGAAAUAAAAGUAGAGAUAUUGUCUGUAUUAACAAAUACUUUUAGAUCUAUACAAACAUGCUUAAAAAAUAAAGAUAAAAAUAUAUAUAUAUUUAAUAGAGAUAUUAUUUUUAAUAACAACUUCGUUUUAUUUUUUGUCACUAAAUCGUCCAGACACAACAGUAUCCCAACAAACUUAAGAAAUUUGUGUAAAGAGACAAUCAUAUAUAACUAUCAAAUAGUAGAACUCGUUGAAAUGUUACUAUAUAUAAAUAAUUUCCCAAAUAUUAAAACCCUUUCUAUACAAAUUUGUAAUUUUGUUAAUUAUAUUAAUUUUGUUUAUUUCAAUCAAGAAAAUGAUGCAUUAAAUGAAAUAGUUAAUAUUAUCAAUUUAUGUAAAAAAUCAAAUAGUGGUUAUAAAAAUGAAGAGUUAUUAGGAAAAAAUGCCUUUAUAUAUUACUAUGACAAAUUAAAAAAUGUUAAACAAAAUAUAAUUCAAGAUUUGAUAAAAAAAAUUCUUAACAUUGAUUUAAAUAUUACGUUUGACAUGGAGACCCCCAAAAAACAAUUAAAACAAUUUCUACAACAAGAGAGAAUUUAUUUAAAAGAUCAAUUUCUAAGUGCAUAUGAAAAAAAUUUAUAUAUAAUGAAAGAAAAACUCAAUGAUCAAUUUUUAUCUUUGGUAUUUGGAAGACCCUAUAGUGGAAAAUCAACGCUACUUAAAAUUUACAACAAUUUAUAUAAUUCGAAUUUUUCCUUUGUUUAUUUAGAUUCUUUAUAUGAUUCACACCAAAAUUUAAAUGAAAAGUUCAUAUACGAAUUAAUAAAAAAGAAACAAAAGAAACAUAAUGAAUAUACAUUUAUAAUGAAGAUCAAUUAUAUGACUCCUAUCAUUUAUGAUUUUUUAUCCACCAAAAAUUUAUUAUACUCAAAUAAUAUGGAUAAUCAAAUUGAUUCUGAAAAGAAAAUUAAAAUAAUCAUAGAGUGCAAUAACAUUUCCUUCCUAGACCCAUAUUUAUUAAAAAAAAUGAACAAAAUAUAUAUAAAUAAUGAUUAUAAUGUAUAUAAUUAUUUUAAAAAUCAAUGUUCCAAAUUAAUAGACAAUAUUCUCGACUUUAAUAUUUUUUUUGAAUUGGGAACAGAUGAUAAAAAUACGUCUAUAAAUUACAAAAAUAACUAUAAUGAGAAAAAAAAAGUUCUUUUAGAAUUAUAUGAUAAAUUAAAACAAUUUUAUAAGGAUUUUUUUCUACCUAUUUUUAGUUAUAUAGAAAAAAAAAAGGGAAAUAAUUUUAAUAUAGAUUAUUUUUAUUAUAAUAAAGAUGAUUGUAUAAAAAAUAUCAACAUGGAGGAUAUUUAUUUUACACAAACUUCUUUAUUUCACAUAAAUAUGGAUGAAAAAAUGAUCAUAAAUAAUUUUAUGGAUAUAUUUAAAAGCCAAAUUUUAUUAUAUUUAAAAGAAAGAGAUACAUACAACGAUUUUACACCCGACCAAACUGAUAUAUUUCCUAAUUUAACAUCUUAUUCUAAUCAAUCGAGUAUUUUUAAUAACACUAAAAUUAAUUUAGACAAAACAAAUACUAUCAUAAAAAAAAAAAAUUCAAUUAUACCUCCUAUAGACGAAUCUAAUGAAGAAUAUGACUUAGAUAUUAUAGACAAAAAUUAUAUUGAAAAUGUAUGUAUAUCACAAGCAGAAAGAGAAAAUAAUAAACAAAUUGAAAUAACUAGUAAAAAAGAAAUUUCUAAAAUAUCGACAAUUCAAAAUAAGUCUAUCUGUAUAUUAAUAAGUUCUAUUUCUAUUCUAUUUAAUAAUAUAUUAAUUGAUGAUGAAAAAAAUCUAUUCUUUUCAUUUUUUAAAAAAUUAAUUAUAUCUAACGAAAUAAAUAUUGAUACAAAUUUAGAAAAUUUUAUAUAUCAUAUACAAAGUGAUAAAUGGGUUCCUAUUAAUUCCCUUUUUAAUAUACAAAGAGACUCUAAUAUUGACGACAAAAAUAUAACAUUUUAUGAUGACGAAAUGAAGAAACAAAUAACUUCAAUUAGUCUAUUAUAUAAAGGGGAAUCGAAUAUAUGUCUAAUAGGAAAUAGAAAAAAUUUCAAGACAGCUAUCUUAAACGAAAUUGUCAAUAACCACAAAAAAAUUGACCAUCUUAAAAUAGAUAUUCUCAAAUAUUCAAAUGUUCUCAGUUUUACAAUAUUACAUGAAAAGUUAAUAAAAAAAAAUAUCAAGAAAUAUUUUCAUUCUUCCGUUUUUUACAUAUGUAUAGACGACGUCCAUAUUAACUAUGAUAAAUUUAAUAACCCGUCAAUCGAAUUUCUUCAAAAUUUACAAAGAAAAUUAUGUUAUUUUGAAAACAAAACUAUUAAUAUUGAAAAUAUAAAAAGUAUUAUUUCAAUAGAUUUUGAUCACAUUAAGAACAACAGUUAUUAUGAUUAUAUAUCAUAUUACCAUUCCUAUUUCUUUUUAAAUACUAAUAAAAAAUCCUUAAUUAAUUAUUUUAAUACCUUAACAAGCCAUUCGUUAAAUAACAAUUUUAAGGACAUACAUAUCAAAUUAGUAAAUUAUAGUAUAGACUUAUUCUGGAAAAUUCACGAAGAUAUUAAUUUUAAGACUCAAAAUGAAAAUAAUAUACUUUUUACAAAAGAAAGUAUUUUUUUGCUUUAUCAAGAUUUUUUUCAUAGUAAAUAUAAUUUUCAAAAUGAACAAGAGAUAAUUCAAACGUUUUGCGAAAAUGCCGAAAAUAUGAUUUUAAAUAGGAUACUCAAAAAGGAACAUAAAAAAGACAUAAUGAAUACAAUAAAAAAUAUUGAAAAUAAACAUUUCCCAAAUUUAACCAAAGAAAAGACAUAUACUUACAUAAACUAUUAUUCCAAAAAUAUCUACGAAAAGUUUGAUACUUGUUCCCUAAAAGACGAAUUUAUUAAAAAUUUAAGCAGCUAUAAUAAUUUAUAUAUUAAUGCAAAAGUGUUUGUAGAAUUUUAUUUUAAUAAAAUUAUUGAAGCUUACAAAAAUAUAAGUAAAAAUAUAAACUCCUCUAUGAUAAUUUGUAGAAAUAAAAAAAGGGCUAUUAUAUUAUUAAAUGCUAUUGCAUUUAUUUUAAAUAUAAAUUCAGUUAUUAUUAACAGAUCAUAUAAUUUAGAAAAUAUCCAAGAAAAAAUUAAUUAUUAUAACAUAUUACGAUUUAAAAAAAAUAUUUUUAUUUUAAUUAAUAAUUCUAAUAAAUAUGAUGAUUAUUUUUAUUCUCUCAUUUAUAAAAAGUUUCCACCUGUCUUAUUUGACAAAAAAGAGUUAUUCAAAAUGUACACAAAAACAAAUCUUAUUGGCACCGAUAUAAUGUGGGAAAAUAUAAAACAAAUGAUGAAAAAUAAUACAUAUGUUUGCAUAGUUCACGAAAGAAGAUUUGAUAUAAGCACGUCAAAUUUCCAAAAUUAUAAAAAAAUAUAUAAUGAUAUAAAUAUUAUGCAUUUAGAUUGUUGGUAUAAAGAACAGUAUAUUCAAUAUUGUCAUCUUUUUUUGGAAAAUUCGAAUGAUAACCAUUUUAUUGAUAAUAUAUUAAAUAAUUUCAAAAAAAAAGUUAUUUUAAACACUUUAGAAGAUGAUAUAGAUAAACAAAAUAAACAAGUAAUACUCGAUAAUAAAAAAAAAAAAACAAGUGUACAAGAAAUAUUUAUAAAUUCAGUAGAUUAUAUUAAAAAAAAUAAAGAAAAUGAACAAACUAUUCAAAAUGAUAAAAAAAUUCCUGUAGACAAUUCUUUACCUAAUAUAAUUGAAAAAGAACCAGAAAAUAUCGAAGAUAAAACAAAUAAUACACAAACAAAUCUAAUAAUGGAAAAUACACAAAAUCUAGAUACUAACACAUAUAAGGAAAAUAAUGAAAUAAAAGUUGACACAAUAAUAAAACCUCAAAAUGAUGAAAUUAAAUCAAUAAUAGUUAAAAAAAAGAAAAAUAUAAAAGGACAAAAUAAAGCUAAUUCAAUACCAAAGACAAAACAAAAAACAUAUAAAAUAAAAGAUAAUAUAAAUAAACAUAAAAAUGAAGAUACUAAUUUAAAAGAUAAACUCAAAAUUAAAAAAAAUGAAGAAAAUAUUUCAAGUCUAAAAAAAAAUAUAUUAUUAGAAAAGGGAAUAAAUCGAAAAAAUAAUGUCCCUAUAUCUAUAGACAAAAAAAGUCUACACUCAAAAGGAAACAUCAAAGAAAAUAACAUAAAAAAUUUUAAAAAUUACAAAAAAACAAAAAUUAUAUCAAAUACAAAUGAAAAUAAAAAUAUCAAUAUAAAUGUACCCACAAAAUCAAAGUUAAAAAUCAAUACAAAAACAGACGAAAAAAAAAUAAGAAAAAAUAAAAUUAAUAUAGAAUCAAAAAAUGAUAUCAUAAAAGAAAACCAAACACAUAAUAAAAUAAAAAACAUUACAAAUAAUAAUGGUAAAAAAAAAAAAAUAAUAAAAACAAACAAACAAAAUGAUAUUAAUAAAGAAAAUACAAAAAGUGAUAAUGAUAAGACAAAUAACACUGAGGAUGUUUCAGCAAAUGAAACAAAAGAAUAUGAAAAUAAAACAGAACUUAAAAAAAAUACAAACUCAGAAAAUGAAAAUGAUAAAAUACAAAAAAACAAAACUAAGUCAAAUCAAGAAAUAAAAGAAAAUGAAGGAAAAACAAAUGAAGAAAUAUUACCAGAUCAUGUAAUAAAUAACACGAACCUACACAAGGAUAAUGAACAAAAUAAUAAUUUACAUAAAAAUGAUAAAAAUGAAAAAGAUUUAGAAAUAAAUACAAAUUAUUAUAAUGAUUUAAAAAAUAUUAACAAAAAAGCAAUAAACGAAUUUAAUGCAAAUAAUAUAGAAAUACAUAAAUAUAAUUUUUAUAAUAUUAUUCAAGGACAACUUGAAAAUAUUGUUGACGUAUUUAUACAAGUAUAUUAUGAUCUAAAAACAUUUUUAAAAAAAAAAAAAAAUUUAGAUUAUAUAAGAAUUAAUAAAUAUAACUUUAUAGAUUCAAUAAUAAUGUUUUACAUAUUAAUUAAAAAUAAAUUAAAUUAUAAAAAUAAACAAUUAUAUAUGUUCAUAAUGGGUCUAAAAAAGCUUCAAAGUAUAUUUAAAAAUUAUCAAGAAAUGGAAAUAGAAAUAAAAACAAUAAAUAAUCAAAUAACCCAAAUGGAAUUAGAAGUUGAAAAAAUUAAUGAAGAAAUAAAAAAUAAUUCAAAAUUCAUAUUAGACAGUGAACAAAAAUAUAAUUCAAAUAAACAAAUCUUAAAUACAAUCACAAAUGAUAUAGAUGAACUUAUUGAAAACAAAAAUGAAUCAGAAAAACAAAUAGAAGAAGAAUAUAUUAAUAUAGUAUUCAAAAUACAAAAUGUACAAGAUAAUGAAAUCAAAAAUAUACUAAAAAUUAAUAACCCAUCUAUUAGUGAUAUAUAUAUAUCUAUUAUGAUUAACACAUUAGUAAGAAAUUCACAUCUAAAUGAUAAUAAUGAUAAUUGGAAUUAUUUUAAAGCAUUUAUAUCUAAAGAUAAUUUUUCAGAAUUUUUUUUUAAUUUUAAAAAAGAAAAUGUAACAGAUAAACAAAUUAAAAGAAUAAAAGAAUAUAUGUCUAAAGAAGAAAUUGUUUAUAGUGUUACCAAAAUUAAUGAUCAAAAUAAUUUACUUACUCACCUUUUCCAUUAUCUAAAUUUUAUACUCAAAUAUAAGGAAUAUUAUAAAAAUGUAUGUAUUAUUAAUAAAAAUUUAGAUGAAAAAAAAAUCAAAAAAGAAGAAUAUGAUACAGAAAAUCAAAAACUACUAAAACAAAUGCAUGAUACUAAAAUAGGUAUUGUUAAUGAUAAAAAUAAAAUUAGUGAAAAAAAUGAAAUUAUUGAAAAUUUAAAAAAAAAAAUAUAUAUAAUUAAUAAAUCAUAUCAACCUAUUUUAGAAAUUAAAACAUUUUUAGAAAAAAUCGAAAAAAAAUAUUGUUACACUAUUAAACAAAUUGAAAAUAAUUAUAAAUAUCUUGUUUCUGAAAUUCUAAUUUUUUCUUUUUUUCUAAAUUAUUUAUCAUCAUUUAAUUAUAAAUAUAGAUCUUUCUUAUUACAUAAAUGGAAACAAAUAAUUAAACAAAAUAAUAUACUAAUAAAAGAUAACAUCAAAAUAGAAACUAUAUAUUCUUGUGAUACAAUAGUUCCGUUAUUCCUUUCUGAAAAUUUCCCAAGACAUAUAUUUUAUAUUCAAAAUGCAUUAAUAUCUAUGAAUCAUUUUAGAUGGCCUUUAUUUUUAGAUCCUCAAAAUGUUGGAAUAGAUUGGAUAAAAAAAAGUUAUAGAAGUAAUUUAGUAGUUCAUAAUUUUGAUGAAAAUCUAAACAAACAUUUAGAUAUGUGUAUAAUAUAUGGAAAAACAUUAAUUAUCUCAUUUUUUAAUUUUCAAAAUCUUUAUAUUUAUGAUAAAAAAAAUGAUGAAAAUUCAAAUUGUGAUUCAUGCGAGUCUGAAAAUUUUAAAAAAAUAACUUCCAAUAUUUUAUGUAAAAAAAAUUUUAUUAAAUUUAAAUUGAAGGAUAAACAAAUUCUAAUCAAUUCAAAUUACAGUAUUAUUGAGCCGAUUAUAGAAAGGAAUGUUUAUCUUAUGAAUGGAAAAUAUUACAUAAAUAUAGGAAAAAAAAAACUCGAAUACAACAACCAAUUUCGUCUAUUCCUUGUUAGUGAUAAUAAAGACAGAUUUUUUGAUGAUAUCGAAGAUUAUGCUAAUAUUAUAGAUUUUGAAAUAGAAAAAAAUUUAAUAGUAAACAAAAUAAUAAAUGUGAUAUUAAAACAUGAAGAUGAAAAAAAACUAAUAAAUUUUGACACAAAAAUUCGAAACUAUUAUGAAACAAAACAAACAUUAAAAUUUUUAGAUGAUGGAAUGGUUAUUGAAAUGUGUACAUUUAAUAGAAAAAUAAAUAGUAAUAAUAAUAGUAAUAAAAAUUUAAUCAAUAUAAUAAAUAAUAAUAUAUUAAAAAAAAUAGAAAUAAAAAAAAUGAUGAAAGAAUAUAAAAAUGAAAUAAAUAAAAUAAAAGCAUCAUCAGAAAAUGUAAAAUUUUUAGGAUAUAGAUUUUAUACAAUAUAUAAAAUUUUACAAAAACAUUCAAAAAUCAAAUCUAUAUAUAAUUUUAAUUUUAAUUAUUUACUUAAUAUAUUAAAUAAUUUAAUAAAAAAUAUUAAUAAAAAAAUGUUAAUCUGUAAUUUUAAUCAAUUAAUUAAAAAAUUUACACAUGUUUCUUUUCUAUUCUUAUUAAACACUAUUAACACUAAAGAUAAAUUAUAUUUCUGUUUUAUUUUUUACACUUCUCUUAUUUUUGAAGAAAUAAAAUUAACAAAUCCUAACAAAUCUAUAGAAGUAAAAAUUAAUAAAUAUUAUUCAUUAUUUUCUAAAAUAAAUUCUCUUCAAAAUUACAAAUUAGAAUCUAAUUAUUUAGAUCAAAUCGAAUGGCUAACCAUACAAAAAAAACAACAACUAUUUUAUUUACAAAAAAAAUUAAAAUUCUUUAGCUCAAUUAUACAAGAUAUGAAAAAUAAUCCAAACCAAUUUUUCAAUUGGUAUAAAGAAAAAAAACCAGAAGAAAAUAUAUUUUUCUUAAAAUCUGAAAAAUUAGAUAAAAUUGAAAAUUCGGAAAAUUUAGAUCAAACAGAAUAUCUCAAAAAAUUAGAAAUUAUAAUGUUUAUACAUGUAAUGAGAAAAGAUAGAUUAUAUUAUUAUAUAUAUUCAUUAAUAGCUAAUUAUUUAGAUAUAUCAGAAAAUUUUACAUCAAAUCUUAAUUUCUAUAAAGAUUUAAAUUAUAUUGAUACUAAAACAUUUUUAUAUAUUAACCAACCAAAUGAAAUACAUAAUAUUACAUUAUCAAAAUAUAAUAAUAUCAAAACUAUAAGUGUAGGAAAUAAUUUCAAUAAUCAUAUACAAAUAAUAAUUGAAACGUCAAUGCAAAAUGGAAAAAACUUAUUAUUAGAAAAUAUUAACUUAAUCAAAUUUAAUAUUGAAAAAUUAUAUGAAAUAUAUAAUGCUCAAAAAAUACAUUCAAAUUUUCAAUUAUAUUUAACUACAGAUAAAUCAGCACCUAUAUCUAUAAUAAAUAAAUCCAUAAAAAUUUAUUCAUAUCAUAGUGAAAAUUUAAAAACAUUAUUAUCAAAAAUUUUUAAUUAUCUUCAUAGUAUAUACAAAGAUAAAUUAAAAAAUAAUUUUAUGAAUUCUUUUCUAUUUUCUUUAUCAUUUUUUCAUACUAUAUUAAUGUGUCGAUCUAAUUAUCAAGAAUAUAGUUUUGAUCAUUUCUAUAAAUUUGAUAUUAAAGAUUUACAAACAACAUUUGAUUCUCUUCUACAUUAUUUUGACACUAUUCAAUUAAAUAACCAUUAUGAUCAUCAACAACAUUCAUAUAACAAUUUUCAGACAAAUAUAAAAAUCAACCCAUUACCAGAAGUUAAUCGAAUAAAUUGGGAUUUUGUCAAAAAAAUCAUAUUAAAUGGAUAUGGUAGCAAAGCUUAUUAUAUAGACAGAAAAAUAAUAAAAAGUUAUAUUAUAGAAUAUUUUAACGAAUACUCGUUUAAUGAACAAAAUGAAUUUAUUUAUUCUUUUGAUGAUAAUUAUCAUUAUAAAUUUGUACUAAAUAAAUCGAUCAAAGAAUAUAUAACACUUAUUAAGAACUACCCACACUUCAAUAGUUGUAAAGCAUAUGGAAUGAAAAUCGAAGCCGAUAAAAAAAAACACGAAAAAUUUAAUUACCAAAUGGUUAAAAAUAUUGAAAAAAUUAACACUGAUCAAGUUCUAGUAUAUAAAGAACAAAAUAAUAGUUACAUAAAUAUUUUCAAAAAAAAUGAAACAAACCCUGCUCACGAUCAUUUGGACCAAUCAAGCAAUACAGAAAAUUUAGACAAAAAUGAUGCCCAUCAAAAUGAGAGAGAUCAAAAUGAGAGAGAUCAAAAUGAAAGAGAUCAAAAUGAGCCCUAUCAAAAUGAGACCUUUUUUAAUUUAGAAAGCGAUUAUUGCUCAAGCUCGUUAAUAAAUACAGAUGGCGAAGAAGAUGAAAAGGAGGGAAGUGGCCAAAUACAAAAGUCUGAUACUUUUAUAGAUGAUAAAUAUAAUUAUAAAAAUAAAGAUUCCAUAAUUAAUGAAAUGUCAGAUGAAGAAUCUAUAUUAAAAAUUAGCAACCAAAAUGAUAUGCUAUCAAAUUCUGAACAAAUUAUUAAAAACAAAAGUAUAUUAGACGAUAACAACAGUAUUGAUACAAAAUUAAAUUCCUUAAACAAUAUAAAAAAAAUUAAUAAAUUUUAUGAAUUAAUAAAAAAAUUAAAAUUAAUAUUUAAAUAUAAUAUACCAACUAAUACAGAAUGGCGUACAAAAUCUAUCACACCAAUACAAGCUUGUUGUAUAUAUGAAACAACAAAUUUUAUAAAUAUAACAAAUUAUAUGUUUUCUGAUAUAAUACAAAUUGAAAAACAAUUAAAUAAAAAAAAUAAUAAAAAAAAAGAAAUAAAAAUUGAAAUAAAAUUAAUUAUGGACUCAUUAUCUUCAAGCAAAAUGCCUAUCAAAUGGAAUAAAUUUUUUAAUCAAAAAUUUAAAAUAAUUGAUAAUUUUAUUAUAUAUUUUGAAAAUAUAAAAGAACAAUUAUAUUUCUGGAAUAUAACAGGAGAAUUAUCUUUUUAUAAUAUACAAUGUUUAUUUUAUCCUUCAAAAUUUUUUAAUUCAUUAUUAAUUAAGUAUAGUAUUGUUCACAAAAAAAAAUUAGAAGAUUGUAUAUUUAUUACAAAAAUAAAUAAUGAUUUGGAAAUAAAUAAAAAAAAAGAUAAUAUUAAUUAUCAAAAACAAUUAUAUUAUAGUAGCGAUGAAGAAGAUAUACUAUUUUCAACUCAAAUAAAUUAUGCUAAUUAUAUUAAUUAUAAUGUAGAUAGUUAUAUUUCCAUAGAUAUACUUGGUAUUUCCACAUUGAAUGACAAUUUUGAGUGCUUAGGAAUUAAGUCAAAGAACAACAAGAAAUAUAAUGAAAUUCCAAUAUUAAGUUUACAAAUAAUUGAAAAAAAAGAAAAAAAUAUUUUAAUGGAUAAAAAAAUACCCCUUUAUCAAUAUAAAUAUAAUGGAAAACUAAAAAAAAAUAUCAAUAAAUUUAUAACAAAUUUAUAUUUCAAAUCUGAAAAACAUAAAUCCUUUAUUUAUAUUAAUAAAAUCUAUUUAUUUAUAUAUAAUUAA